UCGCAGGAUGAUUGGGUCUAUCCUUAUCCCACGGACUUCAAGAUACACGAACAUCCCCUCGACGAUAUUCGCGAGUUGAAGGUGGCAGUCAUUGGUGCUGGACUUGCAGGUAUAAUCGCCGGCUCGCUUCUUCCUGCAAAAGUCCCAGGCAUCAAUUUGACCAUCCUGGAGAAGAACGCAGACCUCGGCGGAACCUGGUACGAAAACGUCUAUCCAGGUGUCAGAUGUGAUAUCCCCGCGCACGUCUACCAGGCUACAUUCUCACCGAACUCUCAAUGGAGCGAAGAAUACGCCCAAGGCUCCGAGAUUCGCGAUUACUGGCAGAGUGUAGCCAAGAAGCAUGAUGUCUACUCGAAAGUCAGACUGCAAACUAGAGUUCUAGGAGCUUACUGGGAGCCAGAAAUAUCCCAGUGGAGAGUGGAAACAAGAGAUGUUCAGAGUGGUGAAGAAAAGAAGGAGCAUUUCGACUUUCUGAUACCUGCUAUCGGCCAUUUCAAUGAAUGGAGAUUGCCAGACAUCCCAGGCAUCAACGACUUCCAGGGUCAUUUGAGGCAUUCAUCAAACUGGGAUCCCAACUUUGAUCCGAGAGGUAAGCGUAUAGCUACCAUCGGAAACGGAGCAUCAGGCAUCCAGAUCACUCCCGAGCUGCAAAAAGUCGCCAGUCACAUCGAUCACUAUGCGCGCAGUCGGACGUGGAUCGCCGGCUCAUUCAAUCCGGAUGCCAAAGACAGACAAUCAACGCCUAUGUAUAUUCCACAAGAAAAGCUUGAGUCGUUCUCGGACCCCAAGGUCUACCUCGAGUAUCGCAAAAAAUUGGAAGGAUCAUUCUGGCGAAACUUCGAUGCACAGCUCAGAGACUCCGAGAUCAGCAAGACUUCUGCGCAAAACUUCAAGGAACUGAUGCGCAAACGAUUGACAGACAAACCUGAACUAUUGGACCAAAUAUUGCCUGACUUCCCCCCGCACUGUCGCCGUCUCACGCCUGGGCCUGGAUAUCUUGAGGCUCUGACAAAGGACAACCUUGACUUCAUCCAGACGCCCAUCUCGCAUCUUACGAAAGACGCUGUCGUGACUACGGACGGAGUACAUCGUCCUGUGGAUGCGAUCAUCUGCUCCACAGGUGCGAAUGUCGACUUUGCACCCCCUUUCCCUAUCGUUGCUGGUGAAUAUGAUCUGUCCCGCGAUUGGCGACCAGAAGGGAAGUUCGGCUUUCCAUACACUUACAUUGGUAUCGCAACACCUGGUCUGCCUAAUCUUUUACAACUACAUGGUCCCCAAGGAUAUGGUUCUUCCGGAACAGUUCCACACUCUGUCGAGACGCAAGCAACGUACAUCGCUAAAGUCCUUCGCAAGGUCAGCAGCCAAGGAAUUGCAAGUAUUGUGCCUAAAAAACACGCCGCCGACUCUUUCGUCGAGUACUGCGAUGCUUUCUUUCCACGCACCAAUCUGUCUAGAAAAUGCAGUAGCUGGGCAAAUGGCCGCCGACCAGGUGGACGCAUCCACGGAUUGUGGCCCGGAAGCGCUGCUCACCUGACUAAUAUCAGAAGGGAACCGCGCUGGGAGGACUACGAGUAUACAUAUGUCAACAAGGACAACAUGUUCGCUUACUGGGGUAACGGGGUGACUAAGAAGGAGUUUGAUCCGGAGAGCGACAUGACGAGCUAUCUGAGGCUACCCGAGGAGUUGGACUUGAAAGACCUCCAUGAGCGCUGGUGGGAUUUGUGA